AGGCCUAUGUGAUGUUAGCUGUUCACUGAAUAUGACGUGUAAGACCCACCCAUUUCUAGCACUUAAGGUAAUUGUUUGAUUGCUCCUGGGUGGACGCAGGUGAUCUGAAUUGUCAUGACCAGGGAUAUAUACAGAUGUAGACUGGCUUGGUUUGAAUUUCCAAAAGGAGCAGUGAACCCCGAUCAGACAACUCAGCUAGCCGAGCCCUGGUAGGUGGUCUGAAAGAGUCAUGGGUCGUCCUGGGAUUCAGAUGUGGACAUGGAAACUGUGUGUCUUCUUGAGCUGGAUGUGCGUGGGCCAAGCGGUGGCAGGACCGCAGUACAUGGUAGCCAUUCCUGCAAUUCUUGAAUCUGGAGCUGAGACCAAAUUCUGUGCGAGUCUCCUGCAGCCCAGCGAGACUCUGGAAAUGAGCGUCACUCUGAUGUCCCAAGAGAAGAAUACAAUCCUUCUGAAGAAGUCGUCUAGUAAAGAAUUUCAUACCUGCACUGAAUUUAAGGUUCCUUUAGUGCAGGAUGAAGUGGUGCAGAACUUUGUGGUGGAGGUACGAGGCAACACAUUCUACUCUAAAGAAGUCCGAAAAGUUAAGAUCAAAGUCUAUCGACCAAUGACAUUCAUCCAAACAGAUAAACCAAUCUACCUCCCAGGACAAACGGUGCAUUUCAGAGUCAUCACACUGGAUACCAAGUUAAGACCUGUCAAUCAGCUGUACAAUAUAAUCGAAAUUGAGGAUUCUAACAGCAACAGGAUUGGACAGUGGCUGAAUGAAACAUCCAAUAGUAAGAUAUUGCAGCUUUCUUACGCCUUGAACUCUGAGGCCCGUGAAGGAGCCUACCAAGUUACUGUGUCGAUUGGGUUAGAUAAAAUACAACACAGCUUCAAGGUGGAAAAAUACGUUUUGCCUAAAUUUGACCUACAAAUAAAUGCAUCUGAUGAAGUAAGUAUUAAUCGGGAAGAAAUCAAGGCUGAAGUAUGUGCAACGUAUACAUACGGACAGCCUGUGCCAGGCAGUGUUGACUUUAAGGUGUGCCGACCUUUAGAUGCUUAUGUUGGUAUACCCCUUGUAAUCACCCGUGAACAUCCAGAGGGAAUCCCUGAAAUCCCGAUGCCUUGCUACGAGGAGACAAAGCAGACGGAUAAGAGAGGCUGUGCCACUUUCAUCUUCACAAUGUCAACUUUCACAAAAAUUGACCAAAAGGUGCUGCGAGAUGUACUGCAACUCAGUGCAAAUAUGGAAGAGGAGGGGACAGGUAUUUCACGCUCCCAAGAGAAGACUACUGUGAUUUCAUAUGUUGUUGGAAAGCUGUCUUUCACUGACACUCCCAAGAUUUAUAGCAAAGGAUCAAAUGUGGAAGGAAAAGUUAAAGCAGUUUAUUACAAUAAUACACCCAUUCCUGACAUGCCGGUGUUCCUGUUUGAGGGUGAAAGGUGGUCAGCACGUUGGUUACAGAAUCUCACAACGGACAGUGAUGGUGUCGCCACUUUCUCAUUCAGCACAGCUGACUUUAAAGGGGACAUCCACUUACAAGUUAGCGACACACCGACACUGGGCUACCCUCCUUACAGAACGCCAUACUAUGAUUCUAAAGAUCACACAGUGUCUUUGGCCACACUUUCUUCUCCUGAUACUAAAACAGUCAGCUUCCUGGACGUGAAGAAGAAGGAUGAACCACUUUCCUGUGACAAAGAAGAAGACAUCUCCAUCCAGUACACCGUAGUUGGAGAGGCCCAGGGCUUUAUGGAUGUGAUGUAUCUGGUCUUAUCAAGAGGAGCCAUUGUUUUACAAGGAGUUGAACGGGUCAAAGUCAAAAAUAAAUUGGUGAAUGAGGGCGAGGUGUCCUUUAAGCUGACGGUGUCUCCAGACAUGGCACCAGACGUCCAGGUUGUGGCUUACGCCAUCCUCCCCAGUGAGACUGUGAUCGCCAACAGCGCUGACUUCUCUACUGAAAAAUGCUUCAGUCAAAAGGUGUCGCUGGAGUUUUGUCCGACCUCGGCUGUCCCAGGAGAGGAGACCAUCAUGCAGGUUACCGCCCAGCCAGAAUCUCUGUGUGGUGUGAGUGCUGUUGACCAGAGCGUCCUCAUCAAGGAGCCAGGGAAGACUCUGGAUGCAGACAAGAUAUUUCAAUUGUUGCCUGUCACAAAAUUGUCGUAUAUUCCAUAUGACAUUGAAGAUAGUGUAGAGUGUUUGCCUCUGAGACCGAGAAAAUAUGUUUUGCCAUACCCCCAUGGUGAUGGAACAGCUGAUGCUUAUACAGUUUUCCAGAAUGUAGGGAUGAAGAUGGCAACGAACAUGGAUAUCAGAGUGCCUUCAUGCCUCAAAUACAAAGGAAACGAAUACUACCAGGGCUAUGCCAUAAGGAAAGAAGUAAUGGUAGCCGGUUUCCCUGUCCCUGAAGCUGCUGGGGCUCCUAAUAUGCCAUCUCCUGAUAUUUCACCAUUAGUGACAGUCCGCACUUUCUUCCCUGAGACCUGGAUAUGGGACCUGGUAGAAGUUGGAGAGUCUGGAACGAAGGAUGUGUCCCUCACUGUCCCGGACACCAUCACCACCUGGGAGACGGAGGCUUUCUGUCUGUCUCCUCAGGGUUUCGGCUUGGCUCCACGUAAAAACAUCACCGUCUUCCAGCCCUUCUUCCUGGAGCUCAGCCUGCCCUACUCCAUCAUCCGGGGGGAGCACUUUGAACUGAAGGCAACCACCUUCAACUACCUGACCAGCUGCAUCAUGGUCACUGUGACUCCAACCCCCUCCUUAGAUUACACCCUCACCCCCCUCUCUGGUGACCAGUACACAUCCUGUCUGUGUGGCAGUGAGCGCAAGAUCCUCAGCUGGACCAUGGCCCCCUCAGUCUUAGGAGUUGUAAAUGUGUCAGUGAGUGCUGAGGCCGUGACAUCCCAAAUUUCAUGUGACAAUGAGGUUGUGAGCGUGCCUGAAAGGGGACGAAUUGACGUGGUCACACGACCUCUCAUAGUAAAGGCUGAGGGAACUGAGAUGACAAAGACCUACAACUGGCUGCUCUGCCCAAAAGGGAAAGCUUUGACAGAUGAAAUGAACAUACAACUCCCUGAGAACGUGAUUGAUGGAUCUGCCCGUGCUUCAGUAUCAGUCCUUGGUGACAUUCUGGGCCGGGCUCUGAAGAACCUGGAUGGGCUGCUGCAGAUGCCGUAUGGAUGUGGUGAGCAGAACAUGGCGCUCCUUGCCCCAAACAUCUACAUCCUCGAGUACCUGAGAAACACACAGCAGCUGACCCCAGCCAUCAGGGAAAAGGCUACCAACUUCCUGACCAGUGGCUACCAGAGACAGCUAAAUUACAAAGAUAAGGACGGUGCUUACAGCACAUUUGGAGCAGGACCAGGGAACACUUGGCUGACAGCAUUUGUGCUGAGAUCUUUUUCCAAAGCCCAGUCUUUCAUCUACAUUGACCCAGCGAACAUUGAAGCGUCCGUGACUUGGCUGAAAAGUAAACAACGAAAAAAUGGCUGUUUUGAACAGUCAGGAAAGCUCUUCCACAACAUAAUGAAGGGUGGUGUGUCUGAUGAAGUUACUCUCAGUGCCUACAUCACUGCUGCCUUCUUGGAAAUGAAUAUGUACAUAGAUGAUCCUGCGGUUCAUGGACCUGUGAAUGCUAGUUUGUCUUGCCUCAAGAAGUCCAUCAGUGACCUCAGCAACACCUACACCACAGCUCUGCUGGCGUACGUCUUCACCCUGGCACGAGACAUGGAGACCCGUGCUCACCUACUGAAGCACCUAGACGCUGUUGGUUUACAAGAAGGAGGUUUCCUCCACUGGUCUCAGACAGCAACAGAAACGUCAGCCUCUCUGUCUGUGGAGAUCAGCUCCUAUGUGCUGCUGGCUAAACUCAGUGCCUCUCCGACUGUUGAAGACCUGGGCUACGCCAGCCGCAUCGUUAGAUGGCUGACUAGCCAGCAGAACUAUUAUGGAGGAUUCUCCUCCACACAGGACACCGUGGUGGCUCUUCAGGCUCUGGCUCUCUACUCCACUCUGGUGUUCAGUCUAAAGGGUUCAAGCACAGUGACGGUCCAGUCUCCCAGUGGCCAGCUGAUGUUUGAUGUGAAUCAGAACAACAAACUGCUCUACCAGGAGAAGCAGCUGCAGGACGUGACAGGAAAGUACAGCCUGGAGGUGAAGGGCACUGCAUGUGCUGCAAUACAGAUUUCUCUUGUCUAUAACAUCCCAACUCCUGCUGAUGUUACCACUCUCAGUGUUGAGGUCAAACCAGAGGCCGACUGCACCAGCAAAAGACCCAAACUCAGUCUGACCCUAACGUCCCUAUAUAGUGGAAAAGAGUCCAGUACAAACAUGGUUAUCCUGGAUAUCAAAAUGCUCUCUGGAUUUGUCCCAGACCCAGAGUCUUUGAACAUGCUCAAAGGUGCCCUGCUGGUGGAUCGUGUUGAACAAAAGGAGGAUCAUGUUCUGGUGUACAUACGGGAGUUACCGAAGGACACAGGCAUCAACCACAGCCUAAAGCUCAUACAGGAGCACCAAGUGGAGAACCUGAAGCCAGCCGUGGUCAAGAUCUACGACUACUACCAGCCAAGUGACCAGUCUGAUACAGAAUACAUCCACCCUUGUGUGGCAGCUUGAAGAGCGUGUGGUCAGUCCUCGAGUCGUCCAGAAGAUGCAUAUUAUGUACUUAACACCACGUCUGUUUGUAUUUCCUUGUUAGUAUUCUGCCACAACCCCUUACAGCUGUGUAACUACUGUGUCUGAAGUGAAAUACAUGCAUAAUGGACAAUUAAAUAAUGUGACGUUAA